AUGGACCGUAAUCGCGUCACACGGUCAAACAAACAAUCGAAGUGUGACAGUGUUGGGGCAUACUAUCGCAUUUUCCGGAGGCUGGCAAGCUUGCGGCGGCGGACGGCAGUGCCGCCGGCGCACGCGCACCGAAAGCAUGUGCUGCGCGCCAUCGCGAUGUAUAUAGAACCAGCCGCGUUCCGCGCCUCCAGCGCGGAGUCCCUCGCCGUCUCCGAAACCCCGCCCGCUGUUUGGAUACAGUGCUUACCGUCCCCGUUAUUCGCAGGCAAGAAAGCGCCCCUCAAAACAUACGAAGAGGUGCAGCCCCUGCUGCAGCAAGGCCGGAAGAGGGAUCUCAAGAUCCUCAUAAGAGAGAACUCGUGGCCAAUCAACAGCGCCGUCCGCGCCUCGCUCUGGCCGGCCCUCUGCAAGCAACACCAGCAUGGGAAGUCAAUGCUCGACGGAUUCUACUGGGACAUGGUUACGCAGGUCUUCGGUACUGUGGAACUGCCGGACAAGCCGAUCAUGCUGCCUCCAUUCGUGGAGGCCACGCAUUGCCUUGGCUACCACUUAACCCGCAAAGGGCGAGCGGUUGCCGACCGAGUGGUCUCCGUACUCGGGUAUGCCUGCCCGGACAUCACAUACAGCCCCAGUUUGUACCCCAUUACUGCGGCCUUGCUGCAUUUUAUGCCUGAGGAGGAGUGCUACCACUGCAUGGCGAGUUUGGUCGCCUCAAAAGAGAAGAUGUUUAUCACACAAACCAAACUACUGAACGAAGUUACCUGGAAGACUGUUAUGCAGAUUGCGAAAAAACAUGCCAAGUCAGCGGCUCAGCACCUGUCGCGACUCUCGGGCGCCAUCGGCCCGGAGCGGAUCUACGCGGACUGGCAGUGGUGGAUACUGGCCGCGUUGCCAUUCCCGCACCUCGUACGGGUGCUCGACUGUUUUUUUCACGAGGGAAUCAAGGUAUUCUACAGGGUAGCAUUGGCGAUUUUAAUCCUGUUCCACAAGCACUCGACCAAUCAGAACUCAGAGUGGUACGCUGAAGCCACGAAGAACGGUGUGGACCACGCGGUGGACAAGUUCUGCAGGAACAUGCCAGCGUCACCCACCAAACUACUGCGGACGGCAUUCAGCAUUAGAGCAUUAAGUUCACAAUAUAUAUCCCGAGUUUUCAUAAAAACGGAGAUGACGCUCAAGUCGAAGCAAGUGAUCACCGGCUCCCGACUGGUACGGUCACGGUCAUCAGACAACCUGCCCACCAGUCAGUCCCAAGUCAACAUACAGAUGAUGUCACACACUCUCACCAUACGCGAGAGAAUGUCUGAGGAAACGUGCAAACAGAUGCUAUUCACGUUGUGGUCGUGGUUGCCGGUGCGCAUUACAAUGUACCAGCCGGUACUGCUUUAUACCACGGAGGAGCACGGCUGCUCGUUGACAACCUUCUACGUGAGGGUGGAGCAUCAUGAGCCCACUCUGCUCAUGAUAAAGACGUGUAACAACGAGGUGUUCGGAGCGUACUGUUCCACGCGGUGGUUCGAACGAAACCAGAAAGAUGAGCGCGGCAACAGGCAGGCCUACUUCGGCACCGGCGAGACAUUCCUCUUCAGCCUUUACCCGGAGCGCGCCAAGUACCCAUGGGUGGGUUGUUCAGCCAACGCGGACGGGAAGGGGGAGGAACGGGUCGCCCACGGCUCGGAACUCUUCAUGGCUGCGGAUUCCAAGAUGAUUACCAUCGGCGGAGGAGACGGUCAAGCUAUAUGGAUGGACGAGAAUAUAAGGUUUGGCAAGACCGACCGAUGCUCGACGUUCAACAACCCGCCCCUAUGCCCCAGUGGCGACUUUGAGAUCCGCGUGCUCGAGGUGUACGGGUUCUCCGGAGCGUAGACUGCAUCACGUGCUCCAAUCUACAGGGCUCCAAAGCCUUUCAGAAGGGACAUUCAGGAGUGUAAUAAUCUCGUAUCGACCUGUUACUAUUUGUUACAAUAGUGUCAUAUCCUAGUGUGUGAUAUAUGUCGUGAUCGUCGCCGCUUGCGUGCGUGCGUGCCGAGGUUGUCAAUAGAUUCCAUACUGUUACUGCACACGCGGUAACUUGACCGCCAUGUUCGCGAAUUCAAUCUGAAUAAAUCGCAGCGAUCUCGCUACAGAAGUGCGAAAUAUAACCCCUAUUAAGUAAUUCGUGUGUAGCGCGUGUCGUAGCUAGAGAUAUUUUUGUCGAUUGGUGUUCGAGAAACGUGAAAUUUCUAUAGUUAUGCGAUGUAUUGAUAGCCCCUUGCCGUUUUAACAGACUGUGUAGAUGUAUUCCUAUAUUUAUUGAACGUUUAUCUCUGUGUGGUCCCCUUAGCUAUCCUAAUGAACACAGCUGUCCGUAUACAGACAACGAAGUCGGGGAAACUAGGUUGUUUAUAUAUUAUUCGUGUUUAGAUGUCUGUGCGUAAGUACAAAAUGGAUUAUCGUAUCUACUCGUAAUGGAUUUAAUACGCUUAUAUAAAGCAAUAUGUCUAUGGGGCCUAGCCGUGUGGUGGAACGUUCAGUUUUGAUGGUGUCCAUGUGAACAUUCCAGUGACAAUGAAGGCCUAAAAGGGGUCUUUGAGCACUCGGCCGCCAUGAAACUACAUUUUGUAAUAUUUAUGGUUGCCUCGUAGGUGGAUAGUAGAUGAAAUCUGAAACACAUUUAGAAUGCGUUUUUUUUUAAGCUUGGACUAUUAUUUUUUUAUCACUGUGACAAGUCUUGACAUGUUCAGACAAUGUUUAAAUACGCAUUCAUGUUAGUAGUUGUUUCAUGUCCAUCCGAAAUUCAAUUUAAUUUUUUGACAAGUAAAAUAUCUUUUUGGUCCAAACCACAGUAUUUUGCUAUGAAGUAUCUUCAUUCACUUAGACUUAUCAUCAUUAUAUAUACUCUUUAAUCACUCGUCGUUGCUCACAAAAUUGUACCAAAGAAAUUAAUAAUAAUCAUAGACUUACUGGAUUACCUGUUUGUGUGUUUGUUAGUAUUAUUAAUGUUAUUGAUAUGAAUAUUAUAAAGUAACGUAAAUGAACUAAAACUAUGUUUGUUGUUAUAUGACUUAGGUACUACAGGUACAAAUCUAUUACAUAUUGUUUAUUUAUUAUGGAUCUGUUCAUUUAUUUAUAUAUAUAAAUUAUUUAUUACUUCCAAACAGCAAACGGGUAAUCGAAGUUAAACGCGCAAGAUGUAUAGCAAAUUUUCAAUAAAUUACGAAUGUAUUUUUUUAUUUUCUCACGUAAUCAAAUUCAAAUCAACCGCUAGAUUUUGCGGUCAUUUUUAAUCACGGUUACUUGGUAAUUGUCACUGAGAAGUAUUUUUAAAAUUACUAACAUCUAAAUGAUUGUAAUUUUAUUAUAAAUGUUUUUUUUGUCAAUUUUGAAACUGGAUACGUGCGUCGCCAGGUUGUCUGUAUUAUAUAUUAUGUAUAGCAGAUACCUCUGCAGUCUCAAAUUAGUUACUUUAAAAGUUUUUAUACUUUAGCUUUAAGGAACUUGGCGAAGUACGUAACCCGUUGUUGACGCACUUAUAUUGACAAAAUGCAUUUCAAUUAUUUCAAAAAUCAAAGAUCCUAAUGUUUUUUGUUAUUACAAAAAACAUUUAUUAUUAUUAAUAAAGCAAUUGUGUUAAAGAGUCAUAUAUGUAUACUUAAUUUAAUAUUAAUAUUUUAUAACUAUGUAUGUGAUAUAAAAUUAAGUAAAAAUAUGAAAAAUAUUUCCCUUAGGUACAUAGUUAUUAAAUAUCAGUAUAAAAAUAUACAUACAUUUAAAAAUAGUAUAUUUCAAUAUUUACAAGUCCACAGAUCAAGUGAUAAUUGCCAGUGACCAGAAAAUGACAGUGGUUUGAAUAUACUGCACUUUAACAUAGUAUUAUUUUGUAUAGUGAUGUGCCAAAAUCGGACCAUUAAAUCAAUAUGGCUGAAUUUGAGGACGAUAAAGUAUUCGCUAUGAUUUGUAUCUUUUGAAUCUAUAGUAUUUUUACUGGUUUUACACGGUCGAAGUGACGAAACGCAAGUGGAUUGUAAUUAGUUUCUGUAUUUUUUUUAUAUUUACAAUUAUUGUAGUGAUGUAAUAUACAAGUUUACAAGUGGCCGUUACACGAUUUAAUAUCGGCCUUAUGUCACAAUACAUAUCCCUGUCGGUACAAAGGGGUUACCUACGUUCAUAUCACCCGCGGCACUUCCUGGCUACGUUUAUUUUUUAUUUUGUAAAUAUUUAGUUUAUGGUACCCAUACGAGAUGUGGCCAUAGAGGUCGACAAUUCUCUAUGGCCACCUGUCGUUGGUCUCAACGUAGCUUUACAGGAUAAUGUAACAGUACAUGCAAUGUGCAUGUUAAUCAAAAGCCUAAGACUCGUUUUCAAUUCAAAUUAUUUAUGUAAUUUAUUGAGUAGGUAAUUAAAUGUUUUAUAUGUAUGUUAACAAGCGCCCCCAUGCGGGCGGCGGCUGUAUUAGUUGACGUUAAUUUUAGUGAUGUAUAUUAUAAGUCGUUUGUUUAAUAAAGUUGGCUAAUUAUGCGUGGGCAACACAUCUGCCUGCGUUUAUGGCUUCAGUGCAAGCACUCAGUGCUGGCUGGCUCGCUAAUUGUGUAUAUUGUGUCGCCAAUCAAGUGUACCGUCGGUUGAUGACGAUUUGUUUUUAGGUUUUAGUUAGCGCCGCCGCCCGCACGGGGCCGCCACAUGUUGCAAGAUAUGUUGUUAUUAGAGAAGCUAACAUUGUUCAGUGUAAAGUCUAGUCUUUAUUCUGUUUUUAUUCUCUAACUAAAUGUAACUAAAUAUUAUCGAAUUGAUAUUUAAAAGAUUUUCGCGAUUUUUGUUCCCCUUCAAGGAACGCGUAGGCUCAUGAUUAGAAUUAGUUUAUAAGUACAUAUAAUGUAUACUGUUAUUUAUCUCCCUUUCAGUAUUCGUGAUGUACGUUUUUUUAUGUGGAAAUACAUGUAAAUGACAAGUUGUGUGGAGACUCGCUCGCGAGCCCUUGUUAGGUAUGUUAGAAUGUUGUUACAAUCGAAUAUAGUCUCCUCUGGUUGCGAUGAUUGAGAAACGUUUAUGGUAAUGCAAAUUAAUGUUGCUUUAUUACCUUUAUCAAAUAUAUAAUCCCGUAUACAGAU